ACGCCCCGCAGGGACCGGGAGAGACCACCCCCCAUGGGGCGGAGCGCCGCGGAAACCGGAAGUAACUCCUGACGGGCACUCGGAGCAGUUCCGGUGAGUCCGAGGGUGGGGUACCCACCUUGUUGGAGGGCUGUGGGGCCGGGAACCUGAGCCCACGGAGUGGGGGCAGGCCCGGAGCGAGGGUCACGCUCCCUGCCCUGCAGAUGACUGUCCACAACCUGUACCUGUUUGACCGGAAUGGAGUGUGUCUGCACUACAGCGAAUGGCACCGCAAGAAGCAAGCAGGGAUUCCCAAGGAGGAGGAGUACAAGCUGAUGAAGGAUGGCUUCUUGGCCUUUCAAACUAGCCGUUACAAACUCCAUUACUACGAGACGCCCACUGGGAUCAAAGUUGUCAUGAAUACUGACUUGGGCGUGGGACCCAUCCGAGAUGUGCUGCAUCACAUCUACAGUGCGCUGUAUGUGGAGCUGGUGGUGAAGAAUCCCCUGUGCCCUCUGGGCCAAACUGUGCAAAGUGAGCUCUUUCGCUCCCGACUGGACUCCUAUGUUCGCUCUCUGCCCUUCUUCUCCGCCCGGGCUGGCUGAAGCAACCUACCUCAUGUCUCGGCAGAAUUAAUAUCUUCCUGGGGCCCUUCCGAACCGGUGCCACCUAAGGGCUCCCACUGUAAGCCCCCAUCCUCCCGACUGUAAGCCCCCAUCCCCUUGACCCAGAACAACAGCCUAAAGGCCUGCCCCGAUGCUCUCCUCCUACUAGAAUGAAGCCCCCAGAGUCCCUCCACCUUCAAACCAGGCCCUCUCCAGUUUUAUCCCCUGCCUGACGCUGUGAGAAGCACAGAAUAAACUUUUUGUCACUCUC